AUGAGCAGUGUUCAUGUUCACCACAAUGUCAGCAGUUUGAAAGUGCCCGUUAAUGGCUCUACUACACUAAAAGAUGUUUUAAAUGUUGCCACAAAGCAUUACAACCUUGAUCCCGAGAGAUAUACUUUACAGAAGGACUACGAAACACUUGAUCUCAGUGUACCGUGGAGGUUUUUGAACAUGGCGCAGAAUUCGAAGUUUGAGCUAGUUGAAAUGCAGGUGAGAGAAGACAAUGCUAUUGCAGAGCCACCAAAAACAAUACGGAUACGAUUUCAGAUUGUGGACAGAGGUAGCUUUAUCAAAGAGCUGUCAAACAAUAUUACCUUAGACAAGGCUUUGCAGGAAAUAAUAGACGAAAAUCAAUUGGACUUCGCCAUCCAUAAUGCUCAUUUGCAAUGUUUUGGCAGACAAGUUCCAGCCGAGUUACUUGCAUCAACUACUUUGAACUCUUUGGGAAUACAGUCUGCUUCAAAUAUCAAAGUACUGAUUACAGAUAGGGAUCAAAUUGCACAACCCCAUCUCAAAAGGGAAUCAGAAGAAUCUGUCGAAUCGCCAGAAAAAAUACAGCUGGUAAACGAGAAAGAGAUCACCGAACCAAUCAAAGUAAGUAAACCACAUGAAUUGCAUAAGCCACAAGUAUACCUCCCACCAAAGACUUCUGUGUCAGAGCGUGUCAGAAAUGAGAUCGAUAAUAAUAUUGCUGAUGAUGAUUAUGAGCUUACAAUAGAGCAUGCUAAGUUAUACCAAAGUAUGUUAGCCAAACAGACGGGAUCGCUGGGUGGUCCGCUGAUGACCCAGAGAAUGAGACAAAUGCAAGAUAAUGUGAAAAACAAUAAGCAUUCCGUAGAUGAGUGUUUUAUUAGGUUUAAAUUUCCGGAUCUAACACAGAUAGAAAUAUCUUUUAGUCCUGAAGACACGAUGCAUACUGUUUAUAACAUUGUUAGAGAAUUAUUGAUUAGCACUGACCUGAACUUUGGAUUAUACAGAACCCAUCCACAUCUGCUUCUAGAUGAUUCUGAACUUCGUUUAGUAGCCGAUCUACAGUUUGGUGCCAAGACAGCUCUGCUGUUCGAACCCAAUAACAAAUCGAAUAAGGGUCCAUAUUUGCGUGGUAGUGUUAUUGAUAGUGGCGAAUCUAUUUCAAAUAUUAUAGAUCCAAAAAUCAAUACUACAGCCGACACCGAGACUGAAAAGGAGCCAUCACCUACAAGAAAGGUAAGUGCAGCAUUUUCCAGUUCGUCAACAGGCCCCAAAAAGAUUCCUAAAUGGUUGCGUUUAAGCAAGAAGUAA